AUGCUCUCCCUUCUUUUUGUCAUGUCCAGUGCAGCCGCGCAGUUUGUCUCGAACCCUGAGACCCCUAUCCCUAUACCCUCCUACACUGGUUGUCCACCAGAUGGACCCCUUCUUCCACGUCCAACAGCACUCUCCCAGUCCAGGUUUCUUCAAGCUGCGGCUUCCAAUCUGACCGCCAGCCUCAAUGCUGCUGUAAACGGCACCAUCAAAGCCGGCUGGGCCGUCGACAACGUUACCUUCUCCGUGGCGGCCGUAUCUCCAAAUGCAGCUCACAGCGUGACUGGGAAUGAAAAUGGCUACUCCGAUAUCCUCUGGGAAUAUCACCAUCAUGCUACAGCCGCCACCCAGGGCACCUCGCGCAUCACCAGCGAUACCCAGUACCUGAUCGGGUCGGUCUCCAAGCUCAUUACGGAUCUGUUACUGCUAAAAUCGGGAGUUGACGUACACCGUCCAGUGACAGAUUUUUUGCCAGAGCUGAACAGCUCCAACUCGUCUAUUGCGUGGAGAGAGAUAACGUUGCAGAUGCUGGGGGAGCAUCUCGCCGGAAUCCCUCCCAACGGUGUCUAUGAGAUCUACCCCCUGCAGCCGCUGUACGAGGCCUUCGGGUUUCCGUCUCUCUCACCAGGGGACUAUCCACCCUGCGGCGUGAUAGACACGAUGCACAUCCUCACCACCAAAGAGCCCAUCACCUCGCCCAACACUAGACCCGUCUACUCGAACCUCGCCUUUAGCAUCAUCGCCCUCUGUCUCGAGCAAGCAACCAACACGACCUACGCUGACCUGCUCCGCAUGCAUCUCACCACGCCACUCAAUAUGCCCAACACAGGCGUCUCCCCAGGGGACACUUCUCGGGCCGCAAUCCCUCCCGGCGUGUCAUCUUGGGGCUCGGACUAUGGACUGAACGCGCCCGGAGGAGGACUAUACUCGAGCAUCAACGACCUGGCCACAAUCCUAGUCUCCACCCUCAAUGGCACCAUCUUGCCCGACGGGAAAACAGACAGAUGGCUCAAGCCCACCGCCAUGACGACCUCCCCCUUCACCCUCGUCGGCAUGCCCUGGGAAAUCCAGCGCACUACGCACCUCAUCCCAGCAGACUAUGCCCCCCACACCGUAGAUCUAUAUACAAAGUCCGGCGGAGCCAUGGGAUACACGUCCCAAGUUACGCUCGUUGAUCAGUACGGCGUGGGAAUCAUCGUCUUGACAGCCGGACCCGCCGGCGCAGCAGACAUACUCUACCACAGCGUGGCGGGGACGUUCAUCGCGGCGCUCGAGAAAGAAGCCAGAGCCCAGGCAAAGAAAUACACCGGCACCUGGGCAACGGGGUCGUCAGCAAACGGCUCGCAGACACAGACACAGCUCCAUAUAACGAUGGACCACGGACCGGGACUCAAACUUGCCACCUUCACCCGGGGCAACGCCUCAAUCCUCGAGGGCAUCCAGUCUGUCUGGGAGGCCGCCUACGAGAGCAUGGGGUUCGGCAUUCUCUCGCGCGACCUCCGUGUGUAUCCUGCGGGAGUGGAGCGGGAUGUCCAUCCCUCCGAGAGGGGAGAGAUACUCCAGACUCUCAGGGGUCGUGCACAGCUGGAUGAACGGGUAGACGGGGAGGAAGAAGAGCUGGUCCGCCAGGACUGGCGCGUGAAUAUGGACAUUGUCCCGGUGGAUGGAAGGGCAAUGUCGGACCUCCCCGGACAGAACGGAUGGAGUGCCUUCUGCGCGUCGUGGCAGGUAGUGGACUGGAUGCAGUACGGAGGAUAUGCGGUCGACCGGAUCGUGUUUGUGCUGGGAAAGAAGACGGGACGGGUGCUCGGGGUGGAAGUCCCUGUUCUACGGGGGGAGAUGCUGACCCUCGCGCCAAAUGCAUCUAUACCGCGGAGCUAG